AUGAAUGCGUUUCGCUCCUAUGUCUGGGAUCCGGGUUUAAUAAUCGCUCAAAUAGUAUGCAUGCAAGCUAUCUUCUACACUGCUUUCUGUGUAGUGACUGCGAUUGCAUCGGUGCGAGGCCUUCACCCCUCAUUGCAGCAAAUAUUCGCAUCACAGGUUACGCUGCAAGGGGCAACUGUUCAGUUACUUAGCGCGGCAUUUUGUGCUUUCGCACUCAGCAGAGUUGUUGGGCGCUCGAAGCAGUGUCUGGAUUUCUCAUGCACAGUGCACUUCUGGCACGCUAUCUUCGUCACAUUGUAUCGGGAGUCAUUUAUCACUCAGAUUUAUUGGUGGUUGUUACAGCUGUCGAGUAUUGCAGUGUGUACAGUGCUUGGUGAAUACCUUUGCCUACGGAUUGAAUCCAGGGAGAUCCCUGUGUCAGCUGGCGGUUCCAGAUAUGAGGUGUAA